AUGGAGCAGACGAACCAGGAAGUGAAAUUUGCGGAAGAUCCUGCUGAAGAAAGAAAAAACUCAGGUGAAGAAAGAAUGAAUCAGAAACCAACAGCAGCAAAUCGUUCUGACACCAUGAACACAUUUAUCAUCGUUUUUGCCAUUGCCGGCGUGGCACUUUGCCAUCCAGGCGCUAAGGGCGGUCCUGGUGGCGAAGGUGGUCCCACUGAUGUGGCCGGCCGUGGACGUCACCACGGGCCACCACCACCGCCGUUCCUCAAGAAUGUCACUGAGGAAGCACGGAAGGAGUUCUUUGCGAUUGUGUUCAAUAAAGAUGAAAAGAUUGCCGACCAGAAAAAGAACGUCCUAACCUGGGCGAAGAAGUACGGAGUUGAGGUUCAAGAGUUCAACACCAACAUGACCAAUAUCGCGAAUGAGGUCAGAAAGAAUGUAACAGAGCUUAUAAAUGCCCUGCCCGCGGCAGACGAAGACAACCCUGCGAAAGAAAUGGUCGAUGCCAUCAAGGCUCUCUCUGCGGGAAAUCCUAAGGUCUACCGUGUCCUCAUGUUCGUUCUUCGUGAGUUCAAACCAAAACGUGGUGGCCCACGUGGACAAAAAGGAGGCCCAAGGGGCCCGAAAGGAGGUGAUUGCUAUGAAGGACCACCGAUUACGCAGAAGAGGAGUUUGGCGGCUUCCCAGGAAUCGGUAACGGAGUUGGCUUUCCUGGCAAAGGAAAAUUCUGAGAUCGACGCCCAUCAACGCAAGACGUCUCAGCGAUGA